AUGUCUAUCGCGCUCGACAACUUGGGCUUUUCCGCCGCCAAAGCAUCGAUCCAGUAUAUCCUCAACCCCACCACAGCCAUCACUUCACUGCCAACGCCAGACAACCUCCACAGCGUUGGGACAUUGUCUCCCCCAAACCGCCGUCAGUGCCAAGUCGUUGGAUGUGUCCACUUCAUUGCCAGUCGAAAUCGAUGCAUUGGGGGGAGUACGGUGCAAAAUGAAGCAUUGUCCAAGUGGAGCCAAACACCGUGGACUGUGUUGGAGUCAUGGUAA